AUGGACUGUUACUCCUGGCCAACGACAGCAACGACAAAGCUGACGGACUCAGCCACUUUCAUCAUUUCCUCAAACGAUCUUCCCAAAUACAUUUCAAAGACCGUGAACCCCACGUUUGACAUUCACCUCACUAUUCUCCGUAAUCUCGCUGGUUCUACGCUCGCUUUCAUUACGUGCAAAGACUUUGAGGAUGGUAUGGUUGAAAUGGAAUGUACGCCUUGUCAGUGGCCUUCUUCUUCGGUGUAUCAAAUAAACGCUAGUAAUGGCUGCGCAACCGUUGACGGUAUAAAGUACUGGUGGUCAGACAACCAAUUCUUCUACCAGGAUCAGCACAACGCUAUUGGCUUAUACGCCUCCGACGCUGAUAAAGUUACUAUCAAUCUCCUACAAUCACUCCCUGAAACAAUCAAACAGCUCGCAAUUCUACUUCACAUUUCUACGACAAUCUAUAAGUCUCGCAGAGCAGGUAUCGGUAGACAUUGCAUUUGGCCUUCCUUGAAACACACUUCGAGAAGACCAACAGCUCCAACUCCUCCACCAACUGAACAGGUCGGUUGA